CACUGUAAAUUGAAAACAUAAGAUGGCGACAUCCAAUGCAUGUGUGUGUUCGUUACAGUUUCUGAAAAGAUUUCCUGUUAGAAUUGUAAAUAAAUUAGGAAUUCAAAAUACUAGAAGAUGCAGUUCAUUAACUACCAAUAAAGAAAAUAAUGUUGCUGUUUCAGAUGAUAUAAUUAUACCAGAAAGAAUAGAAAGGGGACCAACUGAUAUAUUAAAAGCACUUGCAUCAACUGUUGGAAGAGAUUAUACUGCACCACAUUAUAAAUAUCAUGAUGAUCCAUUUUUAAUUCCAGUCAGCAAUGUAUCUAAAAGAACUUAUGCAUUAGCUAAAGAAUCUGGAAAGAAAGCUGCACGAUUUUUUCUUGAAAAAUAUCCAGAUUCUUUUGAAAAUAAUCCAGCACAACCUGUUAUUGAGGCAUUUAUAGCUCCUGAAAAAAUAACUGAAGAUACUGAAGUUACAGAAAUAAUGUUGAUUAAUUGUAUUAAACAGUAUGAAGUGAACAAUUCAAUUACUAUAUAUAAUAAUCUAAAAACAAAAGGUAUAGAAAUUAGUCAAGAAUCUGAACAGUUAUUAUUGGAGUUACUUUGCUUUUUCAAUGGACAAGAACCACCACCUGAAGAAUAUUUAGAAUCUCAAUGGCUGCAGCGUAAAGGUGAUUCUGAAACUAGAAGAUUAUGGAGACAAGAUAAUUUAGCUGAACAAAUAUUUAAUGACAUGAAAGAAAAAGAUGCAAAAGCAUACUGUGCGUUUAUUCAAGGUCUUUGCAAGUGUAAAAUUUACUUUGAACAGCAACUGUUAUUUGAAAUGGCUAAAGAAGGAUUAAUGCCAAAUUUAUGUACUAUGAAUGCUGUUUUGGAUGUUAUUAGUAGGUUUGGGAGAAUACAAAAUGCAAAAUCUUUGAGUCUUGAAGUUUUGACAGAAAUGAAACAUCUCAAUAUAGUUCCUAGUCUUGGAACUUGGUAUUAUAUGUUGACAAUAUUUUGCAAAGAAAAAGGCCCACCUAGUCCUAUACUUUAUGAAAUAAUGGAAUAUAUUGAAGGAAAAGAAUUUGAAAUUUGUCAUCCAAAAGAUGUAUAUUUUUUUGUUACAGCCAUGGAUGUGUGCUGCUAUCAUCUAGUUGAUAAAGAACUAGCAUAUAGAGUUCAUGACCUACUGCAACAUGGAAAUAAUUAUAUUCUUAUUGGGGAUGCAUAUAAAGAAUCUAUUUUUUAUAGACUGUUCUUUCAAUUAUUAUGUCAUACUGAGAAUAUUGAUAUUUUGUUUGAAAACUAUAAUAAAUAUGUACCCAAUAUUUAUACACCAGAACCAUCAGUGAUGGAAGAAUUAAUUAAUGCUGUUAAUUUGGGAGGAGAAUUUCAUUAUCUUCCUCAGUUGUGGUCAGAUAUUAUAACAUUUAAUCAUGCAGAUAGAGAGAGAAUUGUUCAAAGUAUACUAUCUGUUAUGGCCUGUACAAAACAAAACGAAGAGCUUCAAAAACAGUUUAUAAUAAUUGCAUGGGAUAUUAAAGAAAGAAUUGAUUCUCAGGAUGAAAGUAGAGUGAAUCGUAUAUAUUGGACUGGACUGAUGCUUGAUAAUAUAAUUGAAAUAUGUCUUAAUGGAAAUGAUUUAGAUAAAGUUUG